AUGCUAAACGGCUAUAAAUGUGCAGUCUUCGACCGUCAGAGGCAAACACAUUCUAAGAAGAGCAGAAAAGCUCGGUCCGAGACAAGACCUUCUACGUGGGACCGAGUUUGGUACAGAGAGAUCGUACCUGAGGCGCCGGACAGAGCGGCCCAAACUUCUUUUCUUUUCCUUGUUUUCUCUUCACCCUCUUGUUGCACCGAGAUGAGGUCGAUAUGGUUCCUGCUGCUGCUGGGCUACCUCAAUCUUCACAAGUCUGCGACCGCCAGCGAGCAGACGGCGGCGGGAGAGGACCGGCUGGGAGCAGAGUCAGACCCGCUGGUGGAGAUGCUUCAGAGAGCGGAGACCGUCCUCAUCCGCUCCAUUCUGGAGGAAGGGCGGAAAGCUGAGGCUUUAGAUGCAGACUUGCCACCUGCAGAGCGAGUCCUCAAGCGGCAGCACCCAGGGAAGCGGCUGGAUGGAGAGUUUGAGAAGCGGCAGCACCCAGGGAAACGCCAGCCUGGGCAGGAUGAGGAGGACGGACGCUGGGCACCAGAGAAAAGGCAGCACCCGGGAAGGAGAGAGCUGGACGGGGUGCCCCUGGAGGUGCAGGCAAGGCAGCACCCGGGGAGGAGGUCGGCCUUUGAGCCAGCCCUGGAGGAGAGUACAGCCCGCCAACUGAGCGCUUUCCUGGGAGAGCUCUCUAAGCGCCAGCACCCCGGAAAGAGAUCCCUGGUGUACGGCCCGCGGCCCAGCCGCUGGAGCUGGCAGGAGGAUGGUGACGACUCUGGGGAAAGCCGGUACAACUCACCACAGUACCUGGAGGCAGGUGGUGGCAGCAGCGAGCUCCUGUCCCCAUGUGAACUCCAGGAGUCCGGGAACUGCAGCAAAGUCAAUUCUCUGUUAGCCUUGCUCAGCAAUUCAAACAAGGAUAGAGCAGAGGUAAAGAGGCAGCACCCUGGUAGGAGGCUCACUUCAGAUGAGGAAUUGCAGGGUAGAGCCUGA